GCAUGCGCACAACUAGUAAACAGAUGGUCCCCGCAUGUUGGUUGAGAAGUGAAGUAAAUAAAGGUUUUUCUGAAAACAUCAAAGAACAAUCAACAUGAAAGACACUCCGCUGUCCAACUGUGAGAGAGACUUUUUAUUAAAAGCUAUCGAGGAGAAAAAGCGUCUGGAUGGACGACAGACUUAUGAUUACAGGAAGAUAAAGAUCACGUUUGGGACAGACUACGGCUGCUGCUUUGUGGAUCUGGGGCAAACCAGG